CGCCGCCCCCUCCCCAAAUUCCGCGUCCUGGCCCAAAGGGGCCCCCCCCGGGAGCCCCCGGCCCGCGAGGAUUCGGGGUUCGGCUUCUGCUUUCGGCAGCUGCACGAGGGGCAGUGCCGCUCGCCGCUCCCGGGGCUCCGGACCCGCGACAUUUGCUGCAGGGGGGGGGCGGGGGUGGCCUGGGGGGUCCGCGAGUGCCACCCGUGCCCCGGAGGGGACCAGCCGUGCCCGCAGGGAUUCCAGCGGCAAAACGGAUCCUGCGCGGACAUUGACGAGUGCCAGGACGGGCGGCUGUGCCAGAACGGGCUCUGCACCAACACCCGCGGCGGCUUCGCCUGUCUGUGCCCGCCGGGAUUUCUGCUGGACUCAUCCCGAUCCAGCUGCAUCUCCCAGCAGGUGCUGUCCGAGGCUCGCGGGCCGUGUUUCCGGCUGCUGCGGGAGGGCGGGGGCUGCGCUCUGCCCACCCUGCGCAACAUCACCCGCCAGGUUUGCUGCUGCAGCCGCGUGGGGAAAGCCUGGGGGGGCUCCUGCCUGCUCUGCCCCCCCUUCGGAUCCGAGCGCCCCUAA